CAGGAGCGCCCUUGCCGCCGUGGUGGGGCCGGUAGGGCGGGAUGGCGCUGCGAGGGGCCCCCUCGUGGUGCUGCUGCUGCUGCCUGGGUCCCGGGGGCGCCUGCAACGAGGACAACGCCCGCUUCGUCCUCCUGGCCGCCCUGAUCCUGCUCUACCUGCUCUGCGGGGCGGCCGUCUUCUCCGCCCUGGAGCGGCCCUCGGAGCGGGAGGCGCAGCAGCGCUGGCAGGGCCGCCUCCAGGACUUCUCCCGCCGGCACAACCUCUCCGCCGCCGAGCUCCGCGCCUUCCUCCGGCACUACGAGGCCGCCUUCGUCGCCGGAGUCCGCGCCCACCCGCUCCGCCCUCGCUGGGACUUCCCCGGCGCCUUCUACUUCGUCGGCACCGUCGUCUCCACCAUCGGGUUUGGCAUGACCACACCGGCCACCAUUGCAGGCAAAAUUUUCCUGAUAUUCUAUGGCCUUAUAGGCUGUGCAGGGACCAUAUUGUUCUUCAACUUGUUCCUGGAGCGCUUGAUCACCAUCAUUGCGUAUAUCAUGAAGUCCUGCCAUGAGAGGCGGCUGAGGCGGAGCGGGGCCCUUACUCAAGUAGUCCAACAAGCCUCUGGGAACACGGAAGUGGACAGCUUAGCAGGAUGGAAGCCAUCUGUGUAUUACGUCAUGCUGAUCUUGUGCCUAGCAUCACUCAUCAUUUCCUGUUGUGCCUCAGCUAUGUACACUCCAAUGGAAGGAUGGAGCUACUUCGAGUCUCUUUAUUUUUGCUUUGUGGCCUUCAGUACUAUUGGUUUUGGAGACCUAGUGAGUAGCCAGAAUGCCCAGUAUGAGAACCAAGGCCUUUACCGAUUUGGCAAUUUCAUCUUCAUACUCAUGGGGGUGUGUUGCAUCUAUUCUUUGUUUAACGUGAUCUCUAUUGUUAUCAAGCAGUCCAUAAACUGGAUAUUAAAGAAACUGGAGUGGACAUGCCAUAAAUGCCAAAGAAAAUUCUUCCGAUCGCGCAGGAAUGUUGUGGUGCCAGGGACUGCGCGGAACCAGCGCAACAUAUCCAUUGAAUCUGAUGGUGUCCUAGAAAGCGAUACAGAUGGACGCAGAAUGUCUGGCGAGAUGAUCUCCAUGAAAGACCUUUUAGCCUCUAACAAAGUGUCACUGGCCAUCAUGCAGAAACAGUUGUCUGACAGUGCCAAUGGCUUUCCGAGACAGAUGAACAGUGUUCCUAGGCAGAACGGAUUUGCGGGUGGAGUGGGUGCUUUGGGGAUUAUGAAUAACAGACUGGCAGAGACAAGUACAGAUAGGUAGACCUCAACACUGGGGGUCCAUCAGUGGACACAAAUUAAGUAAGAAUGAAAUGACAUUCCAGAGACAGAACAAGCCUUUUAAAAGAGGGGAUCCCUAAUAGUUUUGCUGGUAGUUCUGUUGCUUUUGCAUUAGGGCAACAAUUUGCCCUACAGACUGCAUUGUAGAUGUUUCCAUCAGAUCAUGCAGCUUUGCCUACGGACUUCUGCAGUCCAUGUUCAGUUGAGGUCCAAGUUAGAAGCAAGGAAAUGAAUGUAAUAAUAACAUGGGAUGCUAACCUUUCUACAUGGAAAACUCCAUUCUGAAAGCUGCUUUGUUAGCUCCACUGUUUCAGCACCAAAGAAUAAUAGCGCUGGCAGAAAGGGGAACUUGCAUCCUUGUGCUAACGUCAGGGCCUGGCCUUUCCCACAGCAUUGGCAUACGUUAGGCACUCAUUAUUUGCAUCUUAUUUGGAUACUUCUCUAGCUUCAUACUUUGAACUAC